AUGGCUCGCCCUCGCAUUACCGUCCUCGGCUCUCUCAACAUUGACCUUGUCUCCUACGUACCUCACCACCCGCUACCAGGCGAGACUCUUACGGCAAACCACUUCAAUGUAUCCCCAGGCGGAAAAGGCGCCAACCAGGCCGUGGCAUGUGGCAAACUCUCCCGCACAUCUAAUCUCGCCGACCCUUCGGCCGAUAUCCUGAUGGUUGGCGCCGUAGGCUCUGAUGCCUAUGGCUCCCAGCUUCGCGAAAGCUUGACAUCCUUUGGAGUCGACACUACUGGUGUUGCUGUCCGCGAGGACGGCAAGACUGGUAUUGCUAUUAUUGUCGUUGACGAGCCGUCUGGCCAGAACAGAAUCAUCCUAUCCCCCGAAUCCAACCACAGCUUGCUGCCCACCGAGUUCUCUACCCUCCCCGAACCGCGACCUGACCUGCUCAUUAUGCAGCUAGAAAUUCCUUUCGAUACAGUUAUGCAAGCUCUGUCCGCUGCUCGGGAUACUGGAGUGCCGGUGCUAUUGAACCCUGCCCCAGCGCAACCUCUACCCGAACAUGCCUACAAGGGCCUCGCCCACUUGGUCGUGAACGAGACUGAGGCAGCUAUCCUCUCGGGAUGCCCAGAAUCUGACCUUGACGAUUUAGCCGGACUCAACAAAGUAGGAAAGAUCUUCCUCGAGAGAGGUGUCAAAAACGUUGUCAUUACCUUGGGCGGACGCGGUGUCUACUUUGCCACAAGCGAUGGAAAGAGUGCUCUGAUCCCAGCUCUCAAGGCGAAUGUCGUGGAUACUACUGCUGCAGGAGAUACAUUUGUUGGAUCUUAUGCCCUGUCUGUCGUAGAGGCAGACGGCCAGAAAUUUGAUAUUGAGUCGGCUCUCAAGUCAGCUACGGCUGCUUCUGCAAUUACAGUGUCUCGUAGAGGAGCACAGGUAUCCAUUCCUUGGAAGGACGAGUUGCAGUAA